UGUAUUUAGUUCCCCUGUUUCCCUUGCCUGUGUUGGAUCAUAGUACGUCUCUCUUGUGGUCUAUGUGUGUUCCUUUCCUUGUGUUCCCUGUGUGUAAUUUGGGACUUUCUGGAUUUCGUUUUUCAGACAUUUCAGUGAUCUGCUUUGUUCUCAUUUCUCCAAGUGGAUUAUCUUUUAGUAUGUCACAUUGGCUUUACACACUUGCAAAAAUAAAGUAUAAAAGAGACCGACUUCUCACUUUGGAGAUGUGUCACACUGAAAGCUUCCUCUGUUGGGGUUUGGACUCGCAGCACUAGGCUGGUGGCUUCAAACAGACCGCACUGUGUUGGAUCCAGCAGCGAUGAUUUUUCUGGUCCUGUUGUUCACCUCAGUGAACCAGGCAGGAAUUCAGGAGUCAAACUGUCUAUGGAUUGUUGAAACCCAGGACGUCAAGCUUGCUGCUGCAGUUUGUGAAUCAUGAAAAACUACUCUAUCACAGCCUCAGAGCAGAAACAUUGAGCUUGAAAGGAGGACAGAUAAUAGGUUCCCUGAAAGAACAAUAGUGAGCUCCCACUGGUCACUUCAUCAACCUGUAUAAUGAACUCGCUUGUAUCAAUAGCCUUUCAAUUAAUCCACUUGAACUGAGCCUUCUCUUUACCCUUGAGACAUGAGACAUUGAAGAGAAGGAUCACUUUGUCACUGAUGUAGCAGAAGCUCAGUGAUGUUGAGGUGCAGCGUCACCUGUUUACAGUUUGCUGUUAAGAUUCAGUUUAUGAUGAGGACUUAGCCCCACAGCGUCUCAGUCAGUGAGGAUAGGAGAGUCUCUAUUGUCUCACUUGAUACAUUUCACACACAUCUAAUCAAUCUUUUAUGAGAAAAAAUCCUUUUAACCAUUCCAACCGAAUCCCUGAUGAUCAAAAGAGGCGACGAGCAGCUUCAAUGGCCCGUGCUAAAAGGAAUAAACAUGGACUCCUGGAAUGAUUUACAGGACAAUGCCGAGACUAACAACACAUCAAAGUUUCCGUCCUUCCUGCGAUGUCAUCACCACACACCUCGUGGGAAAAAUAAACAAAGAGAUGGAGAGAUUUCUGCACACGCUUCAUAACAACACGAAGGAUCAGUGUGGUACGAUGAUAAUAAAAGCGUCCAUCAGAUGUUUCAGCAUAGGGAGGUCAGAGGGGUUCACCUUUGACCCCAAUCAGCGGGAGUGCCUUUGAGUGUAUGAGUGUUUUUCAAGGUUUACCCACCUUUAACAAACCAACGUCAAAUUAACCUGACUCUUCAGUGCAUUAAUGUGAUCACAGUUAGUCUACCAGACUAUGUGGCUGGAGCUGCAUCCAUACCAACUGUGUGGUCUUCAUUGAAGUAGCCUAUCCACCAAACAGAAUCAACUAGCUGUAAGGCACACAGCAUGCACACGCACUGUCAUCAUGACUGUCUCCAUAUCUCCAUCUGUAACCAUCCAGGCAGACACAGCAGGCGCUUCUAACAUCCACUCCAAGGGACCACACUCCUGCCGGGGUUAUUAAGCCAGGAGGUCCGCCCUCUCACACUCCAACCAGAGAGUAGAAAUGAUACACACUCACAUAUCACUAAGAGGAAAAUGGAAUUUCAAAAUAAAGUUUCUCAUACCUUUGCACCACCACCGUGGGUUCCGCCGGAACGCUCGCCGAGAGAAGAGCGCCAUGACCCGCGUGGUGGUUGAAGGGAUGCCGGAGACGGCCGCUGGAGGAGGAGUGAUGCUGAACCGACGGAGGACUAAAGCCAGGCGGAGAAAGCGAAAGGAGUUGUUCGCCCUCCAGAUGUGCUUCGCGGGGGUACUGCUGGGGCUGGCCGUGGGGCUCAAGUCUGUGGCACAGAAAGCAGGAUAUGACAUUUUCGGCUCCACGGUUGAGGAGGGGUCACGGUGGGAGAGUCGUCACCUUCUUCAGGAAAUCUACGAGAAUGAGUCCAAGCUCUACACUGAGCCGAAGAAGAACUGCACAGAGCCAGCAAUCCAUGAGUUCCCCAGGGAUUAUUUCACCAACCAGGAGCGCGUCGAUGGAGCAGUGGGCCUGCACGUCCUCUGUGCGGUCUACAUGUUCUAUGCUUUGGCUUUGGUGUGUGACGACUACUUUGUCCCCUCGCUGGAGAAGCUAUGUGAGCGUCUCCAGCUGAGCGAGGAUGUUGCAGGAGCAACUUUCAUGGCAGCAGGCAGCUCGGCUCCUGAGCUGUUUACCUCUGUCAUUGGAGUUUUCAUCACUAAAGGUGACGUCGGGGUCGGCACUAUCGUUGGCUCGGCAGUGUUCAACAUCCUCUGUAUUAUCGGAGUGUGCGGGAUAUUCGCUGUGCAGACGAUACGCCUCACACGCUGGCCUCUGCUCAGAGACUCUACGUACUACACUCUGUCCAUCUCUGCUCUUAUAGUGUUCAUAUAUGAUGAAAAAGUGGUUUGGUGGGAAGCUCUCACGUUGAUCCUCAUGUACUUCGUCUACAUUUUAAUUAUGAAGAUGAACUCUCAUGUUGUUCGUUUUCUGGAGAGGCGGAAGAAGAACUCGUCAGGUUUGAGGAAUGGAGCGGCCAAUAACGCCGAGCUGGACGAUGGCUGUGAUGCUACCGCCGUUCUGCUGAAGAAAGCCAAUCACCACAGGAAGCCUUCAGUGCUGAUGGUGGACGAGCUGCUGUCAGCGUACCCACACCAGCUCUCCUUCUCCGAGGCCGGCAUGAGGAUCAUGAUCACCAGCCACUUCUCCCCCAGAACUCGCCUCACCAUGGCCUCGCGGAUGCUCAUCACCGAGAGGCAGCGUCUGAUCAGCACACGGACUUUAACCAACGGUGACUCUGAUGUCCCAGUGAAAGGAGGAAAUAGGCGGGGCAUAGAAAAUGGCCUGUCUGGAGCUGAGAGGGCUGUCAGUAGUCGCCAUGAUGACCGGGAGGGGGGCAACGAGACAGAAAACGAGGACAAUGAGAACAACGGGAACGACGAAGAGGAAGAGGAAGAGGAAGGAGAGGGACCAUUCGUACCUUUUCAGUGUCCAGCGGGCGUGUGCAACAAGCUGAAGUGGCUGCUGGCCUGGCCUCUGUGCCUCCUGCUCUACUUCACCGUCCCUAACUGCUCCAAGCCGCGCUGGGAGAACUGCUUCAUGAUGUCCUUCGUCGCCUCCACCCUGUGGAUUGCUGCGUUCUCCUACAUCAUGGUGUGGAUGGUAACAGUGAUAGGCUUCACACUCGGGAUCCCAGAUGUCAUCAUGGGUAUUACCUUCCUGGCAGCCGGCACCAGUGUCCCCGACUGCAUGGCCAGCCUGAUAGUGGCGAGACAAGGAAUGGGAGACAUGGCGGUGUCCAAUUCCAUCGGCAGUAACGUGUUUGACAUCUUGGUGGGCCUCGGUCUCCCCUGGUCGUUGAACACUCUGGCCAUCAACUACGGCUCUGAUAUCAAACUCAACAGCAAGGGACUGAUCUUCUCUGUCGGGCUCCUGCUGGCCUCUGUGUUUAUGACAGUCUUGGGGGUUCACCUGAAUAAGUGGACGUUGGACAAGCGUCUGGGUUUCAUGUGUCUCUUCCUCUACUCCGUCUUCCUCUGUUUCUCCUGCCUCAUUGAGUACAACAUCUUCACUUUCGUCAACCUGCCGACCUGCCGGGACGACUGAGGCUCGCCGACACACACAUACAUACACACACUGAUGUACACACUCACAUGAGAGGUGGUGGGAAUGGGUAAUCGGUGGUAUUUGAUGAAAUAAUGAGAACACAGACGUUUUAUUCUAAGGAUUAUUUACAGACACCUUUCCUGCUUUUGUCUCUUUGAGAAGAGAUCCCACUCUGCUUGUUAUUAUUUGUGUUGUUGUUUUUCUUGUCCAUCCAUCUGCUCAGUGCAAUAUGGAGCUGCUCUGGUGUUUGUGCACGACCAGAGAGUGUGGGAAUGACUUCAGGAGCAGAGAUGGGAAGGACUGACUCUCUCUAACGCCCAGGACUGCACUGAGGACAACAAUGACAACAACAUCAAUCUCUUUUACCGACUACUGCUUGCAUCUGAUGUGAGGUCCUUUAUUUUGAGACUCCGCGUGUUAUAGUGUGACGUGGUUUUGUUCACUAGCUGCUAACCUUUCCUGAGAGGAAAGUGGGAUCUUUUAAUCUAGUUGAGAGUAAUAAUGAUAAAAGCAAUGAUGUAAAGGGGGAGGGGUAGUUUUAGCGCUGUGUCGCAGAAAAUGAGGAUUUAUCAAGAUGUUUAAACAAAGUUGUUCUAGUGAGAUGAUGUUUUUUUUAGCAAAGAACAUAACCUGUGAUGCAGAUUAACAUAUUUCCUGCUUUGUUGUCUGUUUGAGUUCCCCAACAAUUGUCACACAUCCAGCUUCAUUUGCAAAUCGCAAAACCUGUCCUUCAACACCGCAUCAUCCGCACCUCUUUUUUAAAUUAACUUAAAAAGCAUCACAGCUGUAGCUUCUGUGUUUUGUACUGGAAAUUCAUUCCACUUAUGGAGAGUUCUUUUUUCUUUCUCUUUGUAAAUAGCCCUUUUUUGUAAAUACUCCCAGAUUUGAUAUUUAUUAUUUAUUCUCGUCAAACGCACAUUUCUCCUCUGGAGGUCACAAAACACCCCGGCAGGUUUUUAGUUACGAAUCCAGGAGUUGCUCAAGUCCACACCCACAGAUAUUUUAAGAAGACCACUCGCGUUCAAACAAGCACAAGUUUCUCUGGAGGUGGAUUUCAUUUUGUUGUAGUUGUUGUGUGAUGAUGAUGUUUCAAAUCGAGUUCAACCUUGCACUGAAGAGCUUAAACGAGCUCCACAGGGAGGCUGUAACCGUCCCUCCUCCUGAUGCAUGCUGAUUACAAGGAGAGCAUCCUUGUAAAAUGACGCAGGUUUGUAUGAGUACAUUGUAUUGAGAGUUUUAAAUGUUACGUUUUGGUUGUUGAGCGAUGGACUGCUGCUUUUUUCUGCCGACCAAAUAGACUCAAAACAGAGGUGGCUUUAUUCAAAGGAACAGCCAUGCAAGAUUGAAGAGGUAUAUUUCCUGGAUGGUAGAUGAAUGUCCUGUUUCUCACUCCUUUGUGGUUCCAAAGACGCAGUGAGCUGUUUCCGUGGUGUUACCGUAGGAGUACAGAUGCAAUAUAAAGCAUCAGGACUUUAGAACCAGCUCUGAUAUUAAAGCGCUGGGGUUUUUAUUUUUAUCCAGGAGUUCUUUGUAUUUUGUAAUGCCUGUCUACUUUUGUCCAGAUAUGGUAGGUUUGUGAUACAUGAGUAUUCCUACUAGUUUGUAGAGCACGUACAAUGUGGUUUGUGAACCCCACUUGGGGAUUUUUUUUUUAUUCCACUAUGAGAGUCGAGGCACGCCAGCAAAGUCACGCAAUUCCUCCUAGACCUCCACCCCUGUAGAAGUGAACACUUGUCUGUCAGGGCCUGUUGAUUCUCACGUCCAAUCCAUGGAAAUGUCAGCUUUUCCUCUAGAUAGGUUUAUUUCAAAUGUCAAGUGCCCCGCUCUUUUUUUUUUCUCACUAAGGGAAGACAAUUGUUGAAAUGAAGUCUGAUUUCUUUCAGGUAUGUUUUAAUUUAUUGAUCAGUAACAGAAAAUGUCAAACCUGAGAAAUAUUGUCUUUUGAAUGUAAAAAUAAUCAAUGUGCUUUUGUGUUUAUAUCUCAUUCAUAUUUAUUUAUUUUUGGAGACACAGGCAGAUACUCAGUGCUACGACCGGGAAACAGGGUUUCAAUGUGUUUUUAAUCUUAUGUAACGCAAUAACUAUGACCUUACAAAUGUGUAAAUAUGCUUUAAUGAUCAAAGAUGAAUUUAUAAGAGUUUAAAAAGAUUUAUUCAAAGUGUAUAUGAUGUUUCUCUGUAUGUGACACUGCAGCAGCAUGUUACUCUUUAGUCCUUUAUUCAGAUCCCCGUUAACAGCCACUAAUGCAGCAGCUUCUCUUCCUGGGGUCAACAUGAAACAAACUUAAGAAAAUACUGAAUUAAUCUAUCAAUGAUGUUACAAAAUAUCAAAACAGGACUGUUACUAACACAACGACCCGUAUGACAUCACCAUGUCCACCUCUAUCACACCGCACAAUCAAAUUAUAAGUAUAUUGUAGAUGAAUGCCCUGCUGACGAGAGGGCCUGCACUAAAGAAUCUUUCAUAUCACAUUAGAAAAGCUGACAAAGAGACUAUUUUUUAUAGGUCCCAUCAUCUCUCAGUGUUUCUGACAGAUCUAUGUGACGUGAAAGCCACUAAUUUGAAGUAAGAAUUAAAGCUCCUGUGUGGAGUUUUAAGCUAGCUUCAAAACAGACUGAAGAUAAACCCAACAUAACCAUCAUCAUUAAGGUUGAUCAUUUCUAUAUAGUUAAUUUAAGAUUUAAUAAGAUAAGAUAGGAUAAUCCUUUAUUUGUCCAACAACUGGGAAAUGUAUAGUUAUGCUUGUAAGCACUGCCGGUGGGUAGGUGUCAGGAGAAGUGAGUAACAACACACUGCCGAAACAGUCUUUGUUUACACUCUCCACAGCAAAGCUCCACAGUGUACGGUACAUUUAACUAAUAAAAGAAAAAAAAAGGAUGGAAUUUUUCUCCUCAGACGAAGACACAAGAGUAGCAGCUUUUGUCCACAGGGGGCGCCAAAAUUAACACAAACUGGAAAUUCCUCACGUGAGCUUUAAUAGUUUGAUGCCCAAUCCCAAACACCACACUCUCUGACAAUGAGGUGCUCUCACACUUUCACAUCAUCAAGUGUGUUCAACACAGCAUUAUGCACUGACUUCUGUGAGUCAGCAUCUCUAUAGACUUAGAUGUUGGACUUGCCCUGAGUUCAUUCCGAACUUGGUGACGUCCAGCCCAAUACUGAAACAGUAUUGAGUAAAAUUUUGUUUAGAAUGAAUGUCCUUUCAAAUUUUUCCGUUUUUUUUUUUUUCAAUUUAAAGAUGCUGCACUGUCUGACACAAAUUCAUGCUGGGGAUCAGCUUUUUUGUCGUUGUUAUUAUUGACAGCCAACGUCAAAGUGUGUCCCGUUCCUUAUCUUUUAAUAUAAUCUCAAGCUCUGACACACUUAUGCACUGCGCGUUUGAUGCCAUUUCAGUCCAUGAGGGUUCAGUGCUCAGGCAUUAGGGUGGACACUGGGAUUGGGCAUGAAUCACUAAUUUGAAUUAACUGUUUCAUUGAUAUAAUCAUUUUAUUGUAUUGUUGUACAGGAAAUGUUAGGGAGCCAUAGGACCUUUUAAACAAAGUGUUAUCUAUUUUUCUGUUCCAAACUCAUAACGACUUUCUUUUAUUUUAAAAGUGUUCAAAGUUAAAUUUUAAAACAUGAAAAAUAAUAGAUAUAUUAGAUAUAUUAUAGUGGAUCUUAAAGUGUGUGUAAUGUAGCAUUCCUGGCACACUGGGAUAAGCUCUCAGCUCAUUAUUGAUGAGUUGACUGAUAGUCUUCAUUCUGAAGAAAUAUCACUGAGUCCAAGACACACACCAUCCUUCAGUGUUCUGACAUUUUAUCAGUAUUGUUAUAAUCCAGGGCAUUUUUUUCAGUUUAUCAUAUAUAUCAAAGAAUAUCUGUAUCAUGCACUUUAUUGUUUUACAACUGACUUCAUGGAUUAUUUGGUUCAUUACAUUCUGUGCUGCUAUUCACUGCAUGGACCUACAGCUAAACAUGGGGUACCAUGUCUUUAAAACCAACCAAACUACCACAGAGACGCUCACAUUUUCAAAAAGAAGCAUCUUGUAGAGGAGAUUUCUAAAUAAUUUGUGAUAUUCACAUGGGUGAUAUUGCUGAUGUAUAUUUGUAUAUAGAUAGGUCAACAUGUAUUUGUAUAUUUUUUGUCUCAAUCUGUAUAUCUGUUGAAUAUAUUUUCAUAGAUGCUAGGUCUCCCUUGUACUUCCCUUUGAUUUGAUGUGUGUGAGACCUCUGAAGCUAAUGUCCUUUGUUUACUCGCAUGGAGAUAUUUCACUUUAAUAAAUUAUUUAUGGUAAAUCUUGAUGUACUUUGGGAUGAGAGUCCACUGUGUUUUUAGAUGGCACUGGAUUUAGUUUGAACUGGAUAUCCUAGAUGACUGCAUGCUGUCGCUAGCAUAGGAUAUGAGAGGUGAAGAGUGAGAGUGUUUGCAGACGAUACGAUUCUCUACGUGUCCAAGCUUUACCUCUUUCUACACAAGAAACUUUUCGAUAGAAUGGUUGACUUUGUGUUUGGGUGUUUCAGAUGUAAUUUUAGAGAUCAUUUUGCUACAUGAGCAUUAAUAAAGUUGUCUUUGCUUAAGGU